GUGCGCGCGCGCGCCUCUGUGAGGGCGAGGGGGGGGGCAUGGCCACCAUGGAGAAGCUGAUGAAGGCCUUCGAGUCCCUCCGCUCCUUCCAGCAGCAGCAGGGCCCCGCUGCCUCGGCUUCGGCGGCGGCAGCAACAGCAGCAGCAGCACCAGGCACGGCGCCACCCGCCUCCUCGGCCGCCGCCACGGCCGCCGCCGCCGCCCCCGGGGAGCCGCCUCACAGACCAAAGAAAGAACUUUCCACCACCAAGAAAGAUCGAGUGAAUCAUUGCCUAACAAUAUGUGAAAAUAUAGUUGCUCAAUCUUUAAGAAAUUCUCCAGAAUUUCAGAAAUUGCUGGGCAUUGCUAUGGAACUUUUCCUACUCUGUAGUGAUGAUGCAGAGUCAGAUGUAAGGAUGGUUGCUGAUGAAUGUCUCAAUAAAGUUAUAAAAGCUUUGAUGGAUUCUAGUCUUCCUAGGUUACAGUUAGAACUCUACAAGGAGAUAAAAAAGAAUGGUGCUUCUCGAAGUCUACGUGCUGCUCUUUGGAGGUUUGCUGAACUUGCACAUCUUGUUCGACCCCUGAAAUGCAGACCAUACUUAGUAAACCUUUUGCCCUGCUUAACACGAGUAAGCAAGCGCUCUGAAGAAUCAGUACAAGAAACGCUGGCUGCAGCCAUACCAAAAAUCAUGGCAGCUUUUGGAAAUUUUGCAAAUGACAAUGAAAUUAAGGUUUUAUUGAAGGCUUUUGUAGCUAACCUUAAAUCCAGUUCUCCUACUAUUCGUCGAACAGCAGCUGCAUCAGCAGUGAGCAUCUGCCAGCAUUCACGAAGAACACAGUAUUUUUAUACUUGGCUACUGAAUGUAUUACUAGGUUUAUUAUUUCCCAUGGAAAAUGAAUAUCCCAGUGUCUUAAUUCUUGGCGUAUUGCUCACUUUAAGGUAUCUAAUACCUUUACUGCAGCAGCAGGUGAAAGAUACAAGUCUUAAAGGUAGUUUUGGUGUGAUACGGAAAGAAAUGGAGAUCUCUCCUUCCUUAGAUCAACUUAUACAGGUUUAUGAAUUGACUCUGCAUUAUACGCAGCACCGGGACCACAAUGUUGUGACUGGUUCUUUGGAACUAUUACAGCAGCUUCUUAGAACACCCCCUCCUCCUCUCCUCCUCGCCCUCACUACUGCUGGUGCCAUUGCACAAGUCAAUGCAUCCAAAGAUGAGACUACCGGCAGAAACCGCAGUGACAGCAUAGUAGAAUUUAUAGCUGGAGGGGGGUCUUCAUGCAGCCCUGUUUUUCCCAGAAAACAAAAAGCUAAAGUACUUCUAGGAGAAGAAGGUUUGGAAGAUGACACUGAAACAAGACCUGAAGGCAGCAGUGCAGGUUUCGCAGCUACUAUGAAGAGUGAAUUAACUAGUGAAGUAGUUGCUUCAUCAGCUUUGUCGACAGCCGCGCCUGCAAGUUCAGGAGCUGAUUCCUCAAGCUAUGACAUCAUAACUGAGCAGCCACGUUCUCAGCACACAUUGCAGACAGAGUCAGAUCUGACAAGUUGUGAUUUGACAAGUUCAGCUAACAAAGGAGAUGCUGAUGAUGACGUUCUUAGCGGAAGCUCCAGCCAAAUCAGUGCUGUCCAGUCAGACCUUAUGGUAGACUUGAAUGAUGGCACUCGGGCCUCCUCUCCCAUUAGUGACAGCUCUCAGACAACUACAGAAGGCCCUGAUUCAGCCGUCACCCCCUCUGACAGUUCUGAAAUGAUUCUUGAGGGAACUGAAAGCCAGUAUUCUGGAAUGCAGAUUGGACAGCUGCAAGAUGAGGAAGAUGAAACUGCAAAUGUCCUCCAGGAUGAAUCAACUGAGGCUUUCAGAAAUUCUUGUGUUGCCCUUCAGCAACCCCAUUUAUUAAAGACCAUGGGUCAUAGCAGACAGCCUUCCAACAGCAGUAUGGACAAAUUUACAUCAAAAGAAGAACUGGACCCCAAUGAUUAUGAAAAUAAGCUCUCCAGAAUUAAAGGAGAUAUUGGUUGUUAUACGGAUGGAGAUGCUGCUCCGCUAGUUCACUGUGUCCGUCUCCUGGCUGCCUCUUUUCUUCUUACAGGGGAGAAAGGUGCACUGGUUCCUGAUAAAGAUGUAAGAGUCAGUGUAAAAGCCUUAGCAGUGAGUUGUGUAGGAGCAGCUGUUGCACUCCAUCCUGAAGCUUUCUUCAGCAAACUCUAUAAAAUGCCUUUUGAAGCCACCAAAGAAGAGUGCGAAGAACAGUAUAUAAAGGAUAUUGUGAAUUACAUUGAUCAUGGAGAUCCCCAGAUUAGAGGAGCAACUGCCAUUUUAUGUGGAACAAUUGUUUAUUCCAUUCUCAGUAAAUCUCGCUUUGAUGUGGAAAAUUGGCUAGCAAACAUAAGAGCUUCAACAGGAAACAGCUUUUCACUAGUAGACUGUAUACCCUUAUUGCAAAGGACUCUGAAAGAUGAGUCCUCCGUCACAUGCAAACUGGCUUGUACAGCUGUACGGCAUUGCAUCAUGAGUUUGUGCAGUAGCAACUACAGUGCACUAGGUUUAAAACUAAUGGUUGACCUCCUUACACUGAAAAAUAGUGCCUAUUGGCUGGUUAGGACUGAGCUACUGGAAACCCUUGCUGAGAUAGAUUUUCGGCUAAUCAGUUUUUUGGAAGGAGGGGCUAACAACCUGCAUAGAGGUGCACAUCAUUAUACCGGACUUUUAAAACUUCAGGAACGUAUGCUCAAUGAUGUAGUCAUUUCUCUGCUUGGAGAUGAAGACCCUAGAGUGAGGCACGUUGCUGCUGCAGCUUUAAUAAGGCUGGUUCCAAAGCUGUUCUAUAACUGUGACCAAGGGCAAGCUGAUCCAGUAGUAGCAGUGGCAAGGGACCAAAGUAGUGUCUAUCUAAAGCUGCUAAUGCAUGAAACUCAGCCUGCUUCUCAUUUUGCAGUAAGCACUAUCACCAGAACAUACAGAGGCUAUAAUAUACUACCAAGUCCAACAGAUGUCACAAUGGAAAAUAACCUUUCUAGAGUUAUUUCUGCAGUUUCCCAUGCCUUGACAACAUCAUCAACAAGAUCUCUAACAUUUGGUUGUUGUGAAGCUUUGUGUCUUCUGUCCACAUCAUUUCCAGUCUGCACCUGGAGCGGAGGAUGGCACUGCAGCUUUACUGUACUGGGUUCUACUACCGAAGACUCUCAAAAGAGUAGCACUAUUGGUAUGGCUGGUUUGGUUCUGUCUCUGCUUUCAUCCGCUUGGUUCCCACUAGAUCUUUCUGCACACCAAGAUGCUUUAAUACUGGCUGGAAACCUGCUUGCAGCUAGUGCUUCAAAAUCUUUGAAGAACCCCUGGACUACUGAAGAGGAUGCUAAUUCUGGUGGUGCUAAACAGGAGGAGCCUUGGCCAGCUCUAGCAGACAGAACUCUUGUCAUUUUGGUAGAGCAAAUUUUUUCCCAUUUACUGAAGGUCGUUAAUAUUUGUGCUCAUGUAAUGGAUGAUGUUGUUCCUGGUUCAACAAUAAAGGCAACUUUACCAUCUCUAACAAAUCCACCUUCUCUGAGUCCAAUUCGGCGCAAGGGAAAAGAGAAAGAUGUUGCUGAACAGACAUCUGUACCAAUGAGCCCUAAAAAGAGUAGUGAAAACAGCCCAGCUCCCAGGCAAACUGAUGCUUCAGGUCCUGUUCCAACAAGCAAAUCGUCAACACUGGGUAACUUCUAUCACCUCCCUUCAUAUCUCAAGCUGUAUGAUGUUUUGAAAGCUACCCAUGCUAACUAUAAGGUUACACUGGAUCUCCAGAACAGCAAUGAAAAGUUUGGUGGAUUUCUGCGGUCUGCUUUGGAUGUCCUCUCUCAGAUUUUAGAGCUUGCCACUCUUCAAGAUGUUGGAAAAUAUGUUGAAGAAAUUUUGGGUUAUCUGAAAUCCUGUUUCAACAGAGAACCAAUGAUGGCAACUGUAUGUGUGCAGCAGUUGCUAAAGACGUUGUUUGGCACCAACUUGGCAUCACAAUACGAUUGCUUGUCUUCAAAUCCUAGCAGAUCCCAAGGCAAAGCCCAGCGCCUAGGCUCUUCAAACUUGAGGCCCGGUCUUUAUCAUUAUUGCUUCAUGGCUCCUUACACACAUUUUACACAGGCACUUGCUGACGCAAGCUUAAGGAAUAUGAUGCAGGCAGAACAAGAACAUGAUACUUCUGGGUGGUUUGAUAUAUUGCAAAAAGUUUCUACCCAACUAAAAGCUGGCAUGUCAAGUGCAGUGAAGAAUCGUGCUGACAAGAAUAUUAUUCAUAAUCACAUUCGUUUGUUUGAGCCCCUUGUCAUCAAAGCGUUAAAACAGUAUACCACAACAACAUCUGUACAGCUGCAGAGGCAAGUUUUGGAUCUUCUUGCACAACUGGUUCAGCUGCGGGUUAACUAUUGUCUUCUAGACUCUGAUCAGGUUUUCAUUGGAUUUGUGCUAAAGCAGUUUGAAUACAUUGAAGUGGGACAGUUCAGGGAAUCAGAAGCAAUUAUUCCUAGUAUCUUUUUCUUCCUGGUAUUGUUGUCUUAUGAGCGCUACCACUCCAAACAGAUAAUUGGAAUUCCUAAAAUUAUUCAGCUGUGUGAUGGGAUAAUGGCCAGUGGAAGGAAAGCCGUUACACAUGCAAUACCAGCUCUGCAGCCCAUUGUUCAUGAUCUGUUUAUAUUAAGAGGAACAAACAAAGCUGAUGCUGGGAAAGAACUGGAGACACAAAAAGAAGUGGUUGUCUCAAUGUUGUUGAGGCUUAUCCAGUACCAUCAGGUGCUGGAGAUGUUCAUCCUAGUAUUGCAGCAGUGUCACAGAGAAAAUGAAGACAAAUGGAAAAGAUUAUCCCGACAGAUAGCAGACAUCAUUCUCCCAAUGUUGGCAAAACAGCAGAUGCAUAUAGAUUCUCACGAAGCUCUGGGGGUAUUGAACACUUUAUUUGAAAUACUGGCACCAUCGGCCCUCCGACCAGUGGACAUGCUUUUAAGGAGCAUGUUUGUGACUCCCAGUACGUUGGCCUCCGUGAGCACUGUGCAAUUAUGGAUAUCUGGCAUUCUUGCCAUUCUUCGCGUUUUGAUAUCACAGUCGACAGAAGACAUUGUUCUUUCUCGUAUUCAAGAGCUCUCCUUCUCACCAUAUUUAAUCUCGUGCAAAACAAUUAACAGACUACGAAAUGGUGAAAACCUUCUUACCUCAACUCACGAACAAACUCUGGAAGAGCAAGAUAAAUAUCUGCCUGAGGAGACAUUUUCUAGGUUCUUGUUGCAGUUAGUGGGGAUCCUCCUGGAAGAUAUCACUACCAAACACUUGAACGUGGAUAUGAAUGAACAGCAGCACACAUUCUAUUGCCAAGAGUUGGGCACAUUGCUUAUGUGCUUAAUUCAUACCUUCAAAUCAGGAAUGUUCAGAAGAAUCACAGCUGCAGCCACUAAGCUUUUUACAGGAGAUGAGUCAGAUGGCGAUUUCUACACCCUUGAAAGCUUAAAUGACCUCAUUCAGUCCAUGAUACCUACACAUCCUUCUUUAGUCCUCCUGUGGUGUCAAAUCUUACUACUUGUUAAUUAUACUAACUGUAGCUGGUGGUCAGAAGUGCAUCAGACUCCAAAAAGGCACAGUCUUUCCGCUACAAAAUUGUUUAGGCCUGAGAAACAUGGAGAUGACAUGGAAGCAGAUUCUGAAACCAAACUUGGCAUGUGUAAUCGAGAGAUAGUCCGAAGAGGGGCACUCAUCCUUUUUUGUGAUUAUGUGUGCCAAAACCUGCAUGAUUCUGAACACUUAACCUGGCUGACAGUGAAUCACGUUCAAGAUCUCAUUAAUCUCUCCCAUGAACCACCUGUGCAAGAUUUCAUUAGUGCCAUUCACAGGAAUUCAGCAGCGAGUGGACUUUUCAUCCAGGCUAUUCAGUCGCGGUGUGAGAACUUUGCAGCUCCAACUGCAGUAAAGAAGACUCUACAAUGCUUAGAGGGGAUUCACCUCAGCCAGUCUGGUGCUGUCUUAAUAUUGUACGUGGACAAGCUUUUGUGUACUCCAUUCCGUGUGCUGGCUCGCAUGGUCGAUACUCUUGCUUGCCGUCGAGUAGAAAUGCUUUUAGCUGCCACGGUGCAGAACAGCACUGCUCAGUUACCAGUUGAAGAGUUGGAUAGAAUUCAGGAAUACCUUCAGAAUACUGGAUUAGCACUCAGACACCAAAGACUCUACUCACUCCUGGAUAGGUUUCGUCUUACUGUAGCACCAGAAACAAGUAGCCCAUCGUCUUUGGUUACUUCACACCCACUGGAUGGGGAGAGCCAGCCUGCUCUGGAAAGUGUAAUUCCAGAUAAAGACUGGUAUGUUUCACUAGUGAGUUCACAAUGCUACACGAAGUCGGCCUCGGCUCUGUUAGAAGGUGCAGAGUUGGUGAAUCGGCUUCCUCAACCCGAACUGAGUUCUUUUAUGCUACAUAAGGACUUCAACCUAAGCCUUCUAGCUCCAUGUUUAAGUCUUGGCAUGCAUGAAAUCUCCAAAAAUCAGAAGAGCCUUUUUGAAGCUACCCGUUGGGUAACUCUCAGUCAUGUGACAGCUAUCGUACAAAAACUUCCCACCAGUCACCAGGUUUUUCAGCCAUUGCAGCCAAAUGAAACAUCAGCAUACUGGAAGAAGUUGAGCGAUAUUUUUGGAGACCCAGGGAUGUAUCAAUCCACAAUGGUCUUGUCUCGUGCUUUAAGUCAGCAUCUGGUGUUACUUUCAAAACUGCCACCCUCUCUUCGCAUUCCACCUGACAAAGAAAGUGACAUUCUGAAGUUUGUUGUAAUGUUACUAGAGAUACUUUCUUGGCAUUUGAUACAUAAGAAUAUUCCACUAAGUAUUGAUCUUCAGGCUGUGUUAGAUUGCUGCUGUUUGGCAUUACAACAACCUAAUUUAUGGAACCUGCUGGCAUCAGUGGCGUAUGUGACCCAUGCCUGCUCUGUAAUCAACUGUAUCAGAUUCGUCAUAGAAGCAGUGGCAGUUGAACCUGGAAAUCAGCUUCUUAGUCCAGAAAGGAAGAAGAACAUUACGAAACCUGCAAGUGAGGAUGAAGUAGAUCCACAAAGAGAAAAAUUUGAGUAUAUUGCAACGACUUGUGAAAUAGUAGCAGAGUUGGUGGAAUGUUUGCAAUCUGUCUUGGCUUUGGGGCACAAGAAAAAUAGCCAUAUUCCAGCAUUCCUCACCCCUGUUCUUAAGAACAUCAUCAUCAGCUUGUCAAGACUGCCCAUAGUAAACAGCUAUGCAAGAGUUCCUCCAUUGGUCUGGAAACUGGGUUGGUCUCCAAAGCCCACAGGUGAUUUUGGCACAAAUUUCCCAGAAAUACCAGUAGAAUUUCUUCAGGAGAGAGAAGUAUUCAAGGAGUUUAUCUAUCGAAUUAACACAUUGGGGUGGACAAACCGCAUGCAGUUUGAAGAGACAUGGGCUACUCUACUUGGUGUUCUUGUAACCCAGCCAAUUGUAUUGGACCAAGAGGAAAGCCAGCAAGAGGAAGAUACAGAGAGGACCCAAAUAAACGUUCUAGCUGUUCAAGCCAUAACAUCCUUGGUGUUGAGUGCAAUGACAAUACCACUCGCAGGCAAUCCAGCUGUUAGCUGCUUGGAGCAGCAGCCUCGAAACAAAGCUUUAAAAGCUCUAGAUACAAGGUUUGGGAGGAAAUUAAAUGUCAUAAGAGGAAUUGUAGAACAAGAAAUCCAAGAAAUGGCAUCCAAAAGAGACAACAUUGCCACCCACCACUUGUACCAAGCAUGGGAUCCUGUUCCGUCUCUUUCUCCUUCUGCUACAGGUGUUCUUAUCGGCCAUGAAAAGCUUUUACUACAGAUCAAUACAGAGCGUGAAAUGGGAAAUAUGGGCUAUAAACUAGGACAGGUCUCUAUCCACUCUGUGUGGCUAGGAAAUAACAUCACUCCACUGCGGGAAGAAGAAUGGGAUGAAGAUGAAGACGAUGAGAGUGAUAUGCCUGCCCCUUCCUCACCACCAUCCUCUCCCAUGAAUUCCAGGAAACAUCGUGCCGGUGUAGAUAUACAUUCCUGUUCUCAAUUCUUGUUGGAGUUGUAUAGUCAGUGGAUUCUGCCCUCCAACCCAGGCAAAAGGACCCCAGUUAUCCUCAUCAGUGAAGUUGUCCGAUCUCUUUUAGCAGUAUCUGACUUAUUUACAGAAAGGAAUCAGUUUGAAAUGAUGUACACAACAUUAACAGAACUGCGGAAGACACACCCAUCAGAAGAUGAAAUCCUUAUACAGUAUUUGGUUCCAGCUACAUGUAAGGCAGCUGCUGUUCUUGGAAUGGAUAAAGUGGUAGCAGAGCCCGUGAGCCGCCUGCUGGAAUCAACAUUACGCAGCACUCACAUGCCAAGCCGCAUAGGAGCCCUACAUGGAAUUCUUUACAUCCUUGAAUGUGACCUGCUUGAUGAAACAGCAAAGCAGCUUAUUCCAAUCAUCUCUGAAUAUCUGCUUUCCAACCUAAGAGGAAUAUCACACUGUGUGAAUGCCCACAACCAGCAGCAUGUCUUGGUAAUGUGCGCAGUGGCAUUCUAUUUAAUAGAAAACUAUCCUCUUGAUGUAGGGCCUGAAUUCUCUUCAGGAAUUAUACAGAUGUGUGGAGUGAUGUUGUCUGGCAGUGAAGAAUUGACGCCAUCCAUUAUUUAUCACUGUGUCUUGAGAGGGUUAGAACGGCUCCUCCUUUCAGAACAACUCUCCAGGCUGGAUUGUGAAUCAUUAGUUAAACUGAGUGUGGACAGAGUGAAUGUGCACAGCCCACACAGAGCCAUGGCAGCAUUGGGGUUAAUGCUGACAUGCAUGUAUACAGGAAAAGAGAAAAUAAGUCCAGGGCGAGUUGCAGAUCAAAAUCAAGCAGCUCCAGACAGCGAGUCUGUCAUUGUGGCUAUGGAGCGAGUUUCUGUUCUUUUUGACAGGGUUAGAAAAGGAUUUCCCUUUGAAGCCAGAGUCGUAACUCGGAUUCUCCCUCAGUUUCUUGACGACUUUUUCCCUCCACAAGAUGUAAUGAAUAAAGUCAUUGGAGAAUUUCUAUCUAACCAGCAGCCAUAUCCACAAUUUAUGGCAACUGUAGUAUAUAAGGUAUUUCAAACGUUGCAUACCACUGGCCAGUCAUCCAUGGUCCGUGACUGGGUGAUGCUGUCCCUUUCCAACUUCACGCAGAGAACACCGGUCGCCAUGGCAAUGUGGAGUCUGUCUUGUUUUUUUGUCAGUGCUUCCACCAGCCAGUGGAUUUCAGCAAUUCUUCCACAUAUUAUCAGCAGAAUGGGAAAAUCAGAGCAAGUGGACAUUAACCUCUUCUGCUUGGUGGCUAUAGACUUUUACAGACAUCAGAUAGAUGAAGAAUUGGAUCGCAGAGCCUUUCAGUCUGUCUUUGAGGUGGUGGCCUCGCCAGGUAACCCGUAUCAGCGCCUUCUAACCUGUUUGCAAAAUGUCCACAAGGUAGCAGCAUGCUGAAUCGGGGACAGUGGUGGUAUGAAGAAACGGAAUAUCGAAACCUGAUGGGUCGAUUGGCACAUGAGGACAAGUGAACAUUUGCCAAAUGUUCAGGUCCCGUCCUGGGUUUCGGUUUUAUAGGUUUAUAUUUUUCCAUCUUCCUUUGCAUAAAGCUGAACUACACAAACGACAUGAAAUUGGACAUGGUUCUUAACAGGGUCGUGCUAAAAGAAUGUCUGGUCACAUUUGCUGCAAAGUUUGGGAUAAACUUUAGCAUUACUGUGUAAGAUAACGGACAAGUACUGAACGCCAAGCAACUUGUUAAUGUCA